AAGAAAGAGGUUUCAGGAAUGGGCUGGGAAUUGCUUUUGCUUUCUCUGCCGACCAGCACACUCUCAUCUGAUCUGGGUCAGCACUGAGCUGCCGAGGGAAGGGGAAAAACCUCCCAGACUUCCUGACACCACCAUGUGCUAUGGCAAAUGCGCUCGAUGCAUCGGACAUUGGCUGGUGUGGCUCGCCGUUCUCUGCAUUGUAGCUAAUAUUUUGCUUUACUUUCCCAAUGGGGAAACUAGGUAUGCUUCUGAAAACCAUCUCAGCCGCUUCGUCUGGUUCUUUUCUGGAAUUGUAGGAGGAGGCUUGCUGAUAUUCCUGCCAGCGUUUGUCUUCAUCGGGCUGGAACAGGAAGACUGCUGUGGCUGCUGCGGGCAUGAAAACUGUGGCAAGAGAUGCGCGAUGCUGUCUUCUGUGCUGGCUGCUCUCAUCGGGAUUGCAGGGUCUGGCUACUGCGUCAUUGUGGCAGCCCUGGGCUUAGCGGAGGGACCACGGUGUCUCGAUCACUCUGGCCGGUGGAACUACACCUUUGCCAGCACCGAGGGGCAGUACCUCCUUGAUAGAUCCACGUGGUCCCAGUGCAUUGAACCCAAGCAUGUUGUGGAGUGGAAUGUCUCUCUGUUUUCUAUUCUCUUGGGACUUGGUGGAAUUGAAUUCAUUUUGUGUCUCAUUCAAGUAAUAAAUGGAGUGCUGGGAGGCAUAUGUGGCUAUUGCUGCUCUCGCCAACAGGUAAGGACCUGGGUGAAAAUCGAUAUGACUGCUAAGAGAUCCACCCCAAGACCGAACCACAGUCUUCCUUUAUUUCAUUGUAAUUUAUAUAUUUUACUUGUAUUAAUUUGUAAAACUUUGUACUAGUGUAUCAUAGUCCACAUAUUCUACUUUUAUAAGUGUGCAUAAAGACUGGCAUCUUCAUGUGAUGUCAGUGUUGGAACUUAGCAAAAAAACUGAGUGACGGGUCCUCAGCAUAUCUGAGAUAAACUCUGGCCUAAAGUAAUGUUUUUGAGAAACAUUACAAGGGUAAAUAUCACAUUCCAACUACUAUUGUAUAUAUAUAUGUGCAUGCAUUUAUUAAAUGAAAGAUUUCUAGUUGCUUUUUUUUAAGACCAUGAAGGAGAAAAUCCAACAACAUGAAAAGAUGUGUUUUUUUCACUGUUUAUAUGGUGUUUCCCAUUCAUAUGCCUGCAAAUCACUAAGAGGCCUUUUUGAAUUAUUUGUGUUCUGUGAGAGACAGGGACUUGGUGGGAGAAGGAGACUGACAGAAUGCAUAUACCCAGCCAAAUGAAUGCAUCAAAACAUGCAGUGUGGCUAGAUGCUGGGAGUUCUACCAGAUCCUGAAUUUUCCUAACACGUGGAAGGUUUUUUUGUCCUUCAAAGACAAGCACUAAGGAUCAUGUAUUUAAAAAGAGAAGGGAUGGUUCAUGGACAAGAAGAAAGGUGGGAAACGGAAUAAAGCAGUUGAUCAGCAUCAUGGGAAAAUGGGGAGGGGAAGAAGGAGCCAAAGGACCCUGAGGAAAUACCCCCAAAACUUGCUUGUUUACAUACAACAAAAUAAAGGAUUCAAUACUA